CCCUCCUCGCCCCUACAUUCCUUUCCACUGCUCUCGCUUGGCUCAUCAAAUCUUUGGGUUUUUUUUUUUCGCUUUCACCUGACAACGCCGCUGACAUUUGCCAUGACGAGAGUCAACUCCGUGAGCUCUUGCUUUGACAGCUGAACUCUUUUGGCAAUGUUGCAGCCCCCUCUCUGAUGAGACAAUGAGAACCCACACACGUGGGGCCCCUACAGUCUUCCUCUUAAGUUUGCCGUUGCUCCUGCUGGCUCCGACCGCAGCAGACCCAAGCGGAGGAAUCCCCUUCGUGGGAGGCGACUACAAAGGCCACCCGAUGCUGUAUUUCCAUCAGGCAGCCGUAGUAGAGCUUCAGCUAGCGGCCGGAAGCACUCAUAGGGAGAUGGCGAGACGGAUCCGCGAGGCCGGCGAAACCAUGCUUGAACGCCCAGAAGAGUACCUGCCUCCCUGGAGCCCCGCAGAGUUCAGUGCCCGAUGGAAUGAGGUUUACGGGAACAAUCUGGGUGUGCUGUCCAUGUUCUGCCUGCUGUACCCACACAGAGCCGGAGCACUUGAAUUGGCCAAGGACUACAUGGAGAGGAUGGCAGCUCAGCCUAGUUGGUUGGUGAAGGAUGCCCCCUGGGAUGAAGUUCCUGUGGCACACUCUUUGGUUGGGUUUGCCACUGCUUAUGACUUCCUUUUUGAAUACUUGAACAAGGACCAACAGGAGCGAUUUCUCCAGGUGAUCGGCAAGACAUCUCAUCUCAUGUAUGAGAAAUCUUAUAGUCGUGGCUGGGGAUUUCAAUACCUACACAACCAUCAGCCAACUAAUUGUGUGGCUUUGCUCACAGGAAGCCUGGUUUAUAUGACUCAAGGUUAUCUACAGGAAGCCUACCUUUGGACCAAGCAGGUCCUGUCCAUCAUGGAGAAAUCUAUGGUUCUUCUUCAGGAUGUCACAGACGGAUCCCUGUAUGAAGGAGUGGCGUACGGGACUUACACAACACGCUCGCUGUUCCAAUAUAUGUUUCUGGUGCAGCGCCACUUUUCCAUUAGCCACUUCCACCACCCCUGGCUCCAAAAACACUUCAAUUUCCUGUACAGGACCAUCCUUCCUGGAUUUCAGAGAACUGUCGCCAUUGCUGAUUCCAACUACAACUGGUUUUAUGGACCAGAAAGUCAGCUGGUCUUCUUGGACCGUUUUGUAAUGCGUAAUGGUAGUGGGAACUGGCUGGCCGAUCUGAUUCAUCGAAAGAGAGUGACGGAUGGAGUCGGACAGGCUGGCAAAGGCCAGCGAUGGUGUACUCUUCACACAGAAUUCAUCUGGUAUGACCCAGGCCUUAUUCCAAAGGCCCCGUCGGAUUUUGGGACAUCUCAGCUCCAUUACUUUGAGGACUGGGGCGUGGUGACCUACGGCAGCGCUUUACCUGCCGACACAAACCGCUCCUUUCUUUCCUUCAAAUCAGGGAAGCUGGGGGGACGUGCCAUUUUUGAUAUUGUUCACAAGAACAAAUACAAAGAAUGGAUUAAAGGGUGGAGGAACUUCAAUGCUGGCCACGAACACCCUGAUCAAAACACUUUCACCUUUGCGCCCAACGGGAUUCCAUUCAUCACUGAGGCACUAUAUGGACCCAAAUACACUUUGUUGAAUAAUGCAGUAUUGUUUGGUGCAGCCCUCUCAGGUAGUUGUUUUAAGCCAUGGGCUGGCCAGGUAACAGAAGCAUGUGACUCAAAGUGGUUGAAAUACAAGGUGGGGCCUGCUGCUGAUGCUCAGGGGAAAGUUGAGGCUGCCAUGGAGAGACAAGGGAUGGUCUUCAUUCGCGGGGAAGGACAUUCUGCUUAUAGUGCAGACCUGAAAAUCCGAAACUUCCAGAGGAACAUCCUCCUCCUUCACCCACAGCUCUUACUUCUGGUGGACCAUAUUCAUUUGCAUCCUGAGAGUCCAUCCAGGGCCAUGAGCACUUUCUUUCACAAUACAGACCUGCCAUUCAAAGUUCUAAAAGUAGACGGUGUUCAUGGAGCAUUUGUAUCUCACAAUGCAGACAGGUAUAAAAUGUUCUGGAUGGAUGACACAGGUCACAGUAAUAGAGGGGUGGUAGGUUACUGGGGUUAUCCACGGGGGUAUCCAUAUAAUGGCUCCAAUUAUGUGAAUGUCACAAUGCCAUUAAGAUACCCUCACACCCGAGUAGCUUACAUUUUCUUUGGACCAGGUGUGACUCUCACCAGCUUCAGCCUGCGUGGUGAUGACCAAAGAGUGGAUAUUUACCUGACUACCAAAGAGCACACCUACACAGUCUAUCUGCUGACUGGAGACGUUAUCAGCAAGCCUCUUUUUGCCAUGGUGAUGAUGGACCAAAAGAAGAUUGUGUUUGAGAAAAUGCUCGCUCCUCUGGACAGCUCACCUGUGGAAGUAGAGGACUACGUCAACAUGGUGGAGGACAACCUCCAGCUUGUCAAACCAGUCUUCCAGCAGAUGGAGCGACAUAUACUUGGAAAGGUUCUAAAUAGUGACAGCUUCCAUAAGACUGCGGAACGCCUGCUCCAGAUCUCUGAUAAAAAGAAAACAGAAGAGGCCAUUGAAAAGAUGUUUGCAUUGUCCAAGAAACAGGGAAAGUACAAGGUGGGAAAGAAAAUCAACCUUGGGGAGAAACUCUCUGAGAAUUUGCCUGACAUUUUUACACAGAUCGAGAUCAGUGAAAAUAAAGUGAGACAGAGGACAUCGAAGCGUGUCUAUGAGGACAGUCCCGAGGAGGGAGACACAGACUCUCUGGCCUUUCUAGAAUAUGCCGACAGCCGUAAAAACAGAAAUGGCGGCUUUGCCAAAGGGCAAAAAUUCAAAGAGGUCAAUAUGUUGGUAACGACCGGGAGGGAGCGCAUUUCCAGCACGGCCUCUUCCAUAAGACUCUUCCUCCUCUUGAAUACUGCCACCUUCUUCUUACUACUGGCUGUCUUAUUGACUCGCUUUCACAGGGGUCGAAGCAUACAAACGCAGAGAUGUUUUUACACCGUCCUUAUGAUUGACUGCUUGAUCUUACUUUAUCUCUACUCGUCCUGCUCCCACGGACAGUGUUAACAUCACGAGUGUAAUUAAUUGUUCAGAUGCGAAUACGGGUCAUUUUGAUAUCAUCUGAUCAAUAACGGUAAAGACGUGAAAAUCAAUUCCUUUGACAGACGGUCCUUCUUUGCCUCUCAAGCUGUCUUUACCGUUAAUGCCACUGGAGAGAGCCUCGACCUUUGAGCGGAACUGUCACGUUGAGGCAACCAUUUUGCAUUCACGCAAUAGUAGACAGCAAAAUAAAUGGUAUUAUGAGAUACGAAUGAAUAUCUAUGCAUUUGUGAAUGUGUGGGAACUGUUUAUGGCUUUACCAUUAUUACAAUUGUACACAGAUGAGUGUAAUGGGUUUAAUGAGUAGUUAUGAUCAUUUAUCUGUCCGGAGGGCGACAUACAGUAUGUACAUUUUGCAAGUCGCGAUUUUUUUAUGAAGCCGUUUGUCUUUACAGUUGUGCAAGAAAUGUAUUUUUGCUCUGUCCAUAAGGAUUGCCUCUACUAUGAAUUUGAAGACUUUAAUUGUCAUACCAACACACGCUUACACAUGAUAUGGCAUGAAAUCUGAUACCCCAGGUCCCACAUUAGCCCAAUAAGUCUCAAGACUUGUGAACUAGAAAUGGAAUCAUGAAAUUAGAUCAGAUCAAACAAGAUAAAGAAAGAUUUUGAAAAAUA